AUGGAGGGCUACGACAAACUCGCCGCCCUAAUGGCUGGCGACAAGGGCCUGUCUAUCUUCCGCUCUUUCAAAAUGUUGAAUACGAAGAACCUACUCUUCCUGCAGGCUGAGAUUGCCAUCAAGGAGAAGGAAUUUAAAGAGAUCAUGCUCAAGGAUAGACAGUCGGGGGAUAAGUACCGCGAGAAAUAUUCUUCUUCGGUGCGGUUACUGAAGGGCAUGGAUGAGCCUUCAGAGCAAUGGCGGAAAUGGCUAGAAAUCAGGGAGCUGUUGGAGAAGUAUAAUACGGCCUUCACGCAGCAUGCACAACUGCUUCGGCUUAAACCGCCACAUAAGCGGGAUCUGGACACAUUCAGAGAUUGGUUGGAUGAUAAUCCCAUUUGUGUCUUUCCAGUAGAGUGUCUCCAAUGGUUUGGGGAGAAUGACGAGGAGAGGGGGGACCUUGUUGCGCUGUCAGGGAGAUAUGAGAAUGUCGAUUUGCUGACAAACUGGGUUUUCCAAGUCGUGAUCCCAUUAUAUGACAGGCUUAUUGUGCAUUUCCGCCGGCUCUUUGGGACCAAAAAGCAUGGGGAUAUCGAGACUGGGCCGGUAUAUUAUGAUGAUGAGAAAAUCAUCCGCGCUACAAGGCUAACAAGCAUUAUAACGUCGUCGGUGAUACCAGCGAGUUCCAUGCUGGUGUUAUACCUCGUCAAUAAUAUGGUUGCUCGGUUGAUCAUCAUCAUUGUGUACAAUAUCGGGUUUUCGAUAAUAAUCGGUCUAUUGGCGAAGGCGAGGCGAGUUGAGGUGUUUGCGGCUUCGACAGCUUUUGCCGCUGUGCAGGUUGCGUUCAUUACCAAUUUUCCCCGGGACUAA